CCAGUUAACAAAACAGAAUCACUUUGAUAAUACAAGCAAUAGGACGACAAGAAAUAUUGCUAACAUGAGAGCUGUGUGGCUAUUGGUACUCUUUGCCCUUGGGGCACAUGCGGGAGAAUUAGGUCGAGUGAUACGGGCUACCCCAAAGGAUAAGGCGCAGUUGGACUUUCUGGCACAGUUGGCCGAUAAUGAUGCAGAUCUUGACUUUUGGACGCACCCAUCCCASAUCGGCGGCGCUGUGGAUAUCAGAGUUGCCGAUAAACAAUAUCCAAAUCUGGCAAAAAUGUUGCAUGCCCAAGGAAUCGUUUUUACCAUUCUUAUUCCCGAUGUUGACGGAUUAAAUGCGAGGCAAAAUCCACCUGAAAACAAUAUGCGAUCUGGUGGAUUUGAUUAUGCUCGUUAUAACACUCUUGACAGUAUCAACCGAGAGAUAGACGUCCUUGUCCAGAAAGGGAGUCACAUCGCCCAGAAAUUCAGCGUUGGCAACUCUUAUGAAAAAAGGCCUAUGUACGCUGUUAAGUUGAGCUCCGGAUCAGGUAAAAAGACUUUGUUUAUGAACUGUGGUAUUCAUGCCCGCGAAUGGAUCACCCCAGCAACGUGCAUGUAUAUGCUGAAUCAGAUUAUAAGCAAGUACGGUUCUGACUCGACCAUCGACAGAAUGCUUAACAAACUGGACGUUGUGAUAAUGCCUGUGCUGAACGUAGAUGGAUACGCUUUUACAUGGACAAAUAAUGGAAGAAUGUGGAGAAAGACAAGGUCGAGGAAUUCUGGUUCAAGUUGUCGAGGAGCUGACCCUAACAGGAACUGGAAUGUCAAAUGGGGAGGAGUUGGAACAAGCUCAAGUCCCUGCAGUGAUACAUACCACGGACGCUAUCCUUUCUCCGAAAUCGAAUCACGAAACGUUGCCAAGUACCUUCACUCCAUCAGAUCGAGGCUAGUUGGGUAUAUGGAUAUACAUGCUUACAGUCAACUAUGGAUGACACCUUGGGGUCACGCUAAAAGGGCUUAUCCUCCUACCUACAACGAAAUGAAGCGUGUUGGCGACAUAGCUGCAGCGGCUCUCUAUAAUGCUGGAUACCGCACACGCUACAGGGUCGGGACAUCAGCAGAUAUCAUUUACGCCACUACGGGAGGUACAAUGGACUGGGUAACAGCAGCUCUUGGUGUGACAUACUCCUACGGGCUGGAGUUGCGUGACACAGGUAGAUAUGGAUUCAUGCUACCAGCCAAUCAAAUCAUCCCAACUGGAAUCGAAACGUUUGCGUCGAUCAAAGCUAUGGUCGAGGCAAUGAAAUUUUAAGAGAAACAAGUUGUCAGUAAUUAAAUGUUAAGUUAUUGUUAUGCAAACGUACUUAAAUAAAGCAUACUCUCUAGCGUGA